GGUGGGAAAGGAAUGCUGGGAACCCCAGCUGGCGCUGCACUUGAACCGGAGUUCCGGAGGCUAACAGAGGGCGGAGUAUUAGCUAAAGUGUUUGUUAGCGGUGUGAGCGCAGGUUAGGUUCUUGUCUCCUCGCAGCAGAAAAAGUUCAGAAACCAGACGGAAAUCGAGAAGGAAAGUUGAGGAUUUACUUAAGUGAGAAAUACACCUCUUAAGGAGAGGCGGGGAGAGAGGCGAGUGGGAUAUUCACUGGAAAGCUUGAAACCAGACGACAGUUAAUCAAGAAAGAGAACCAUUGGAUGAUGUCGGAAGUCAAAAGUCCAGAACCUACAACGCAAAGCCAAGCUUAUCAGAGCUGGUCUUACGGCUUACUGGUAGAAUCUGAGAAGAGUGACCGCCAAAGGUCCAUCAGCAAAGGCUGCGCUACCUCCCGUGAUUCUGCUGAGACCCUUGCUCUGUGGCAAGCCAGCCGCCACGUAGAAAGUGACCGCCCUGAGACACUUGUGCCAGAUAGGCUACCGGCAGGCGUCCUGUCAGCAGCUGUAGCUGAGCUCCCAGCUGACGCCAAGCAUGUUGGGUCCUUAAACGCGUGCUUCCUUGCCAAGAGGAAUUUCCAAGUUGAUGUAUAUGAAGCCAGGGAAGAUAUCCGAAUGGCUGAAUUUGCACGUGGAAGAAGCAUUAAUUUGGCCCUUUCUUAUAGAGGAAGACAAGCCUUGAAAGCCAUUGGUCUGGAAGAUCAGAUUGUAUCCCAAGGUAUCCCCAUGAGAGCAAGAAUGAUUCACUCUCUUUCAGGAAAAAAGUCCGCAAUUCCCUAUGGGACAAAGUCACAGUAUAUUCUUUCUAUAAGCAGAGAAAAUCUAAACAAGGAUCUAUUGACCGCUGUUGAGAAAUAUCCCAACGCAAAGGUGCACUUUGGCCACCGGCUGUUGACGUGUCGCCCUGAGACAGGAAUCAUCACCUUGCUUGGACCUGACAAAGUUCCCAAAGAUAUCGCCUGUGACCUCAUCUUGGGAUGUGAUGGUGCCUAUUCGACUGUCAGAACUCAUCUCGUGAAGAAGCCUCGCUUUGAUUACAGUCAGCAGUACAUUCCUCACGGCUACAUGGAGUUGACUAUCCCGCCUCAGAACGGCGACUUUGCCAUGGAACCUAAUUAUCUGCAUAUUUGGCCUAGAGAUACCUUUAUGAUGAUUGCACUUCCUAACAUGAACAAAUCUUUCACGUGUACUUUGUUCAUGCCCUUUGAAGAGUUUGAAAAAUUGCUCACGAGUCGUGAUGUGCUGGAUUUCUUCCAGAAGUACUUUCCGGAUUCUCUUCAUCUAAUUGGAAAAGAAGCCCUGGCCCAAGAUUUCUUUCGGUUGCCGGCCCAGCCCAUGAUCUCCGUUAAGUGCUCUUCUUUUCACUUCAAUUCACACUGUGUGCUGAUGGGAGAUGCUGCCCAUGCCCUCGUGCCCUUUUUUGGACAAGGAAUGAAUGCGGGCUUUGAAGACUGCUUGGUAUUUGAUGAAUUAAUGGAUAAAUUCAAUAAUGACUUUAGUAUGUGUCUUCCUGAAUUCUCCAGAUUUAGAAUUCCAGAUGACCACGCGAUUUCAGACCUGUCCAUGUACAAUUACAUAGAGAUGCGAUCACAUGUCAACUCAAGGUGGUUCAUCUUCCAAAAGAACAUAGAGAGGUGUCUUCAUGCUCUUAUGCCGUCUACCUUCAUCCCUCUCUAUACCAUGGUUACCUUUUCCAGAAUAAGAUACCAUGAGGCCGUGCUGCGUUGGCAAUGGCAAAAAAAGGUGAUAAACACAGGACUCUUUUUCUUCGGAACACUGGUUGCCCUCAGCACCACCUACCUCCUUACCCACCCCACGUUUCAGAGCUCCCUGGGCUGCUUGAGAAGAUCAUGGAACUGGGUCACUUACUUCCAAAAUAUAGGAUGCGUCUCCCUGUAAACUCCCUGGAGUCACUAGAACAAAUUUCCAAUGUCAUUAGCAGGUGAUAUAAAGAUCCUGAAGUAGAAAAUGUUUGAUUUCUCAGUGACCAAAACAGGAUCAAAAUCAUGUGUCCAUCAUCGCAUUUAAUUCACUAGUGGAAGAUACUUAUAAGCUCAUCAUUAAAUUCAACGUAGAAGUUCUCUGUGUUCAUUGAAACUAUUGGACAAAACCAAAAUAAAACAGAAUACCCCCACUUUAAGUUGUAAAACGCGGCUUCCCCCCAUCAUUCUAAAUAUAAAAGCACAAUGACGAAGAUCUCUUUCACUUCCCAAAAAGUCAGGUCCUAGAAGCUCAAGAAAGAGACUGAUCACACUCUUCUCCAAGGGACACAUUAGAGAGAUGCCUGGGGAUUCUAGAGGCAGAGGAGGAAAAAAAUAAAGGUCAUAAUAGAAGUCAUGGUAGGGUUGACUUUAACACCUGGGACUAAAAAGUCCCAAUUUGCCUAAUAUAUUAAUUGCCCUCUUCAUCACCUGGAUGGAACUGACUAAAGCACAGGGCUCAGGUUCACUGGCUAAAACUAGACGUGUAAGUGGGGAACGGGGGUGUUUCUAGAGUUCAAAAUGCAUUGACUUCUUUUGUCAGUCUUCAAAUGCCUGUAUUAUCUGUUGAAGAUUUUUUUUAAAGGUUGUGAAAGCUAUACUAAGUGAAGGAUGGAAAGAGUUGUAUUUAUAAAUUAAAUAUCUACAUACACAAGAGUGGAAAGAAAACAAGGGAAGACAGGAUUCCUAGAAACAAGAAGACAUAUUUUAUUCCAUUUCAGAAGCAAUUUACUAACAUUCUUGAACUACAUGCUGUGGCAAAACCAGCAAUAAAUUGGAUGUUAAAAAAUUCA